CGCUAGGGCGCCAAAACCCCCAAUUCCUCUCCUGUCUGUCCCGUCCUCACCUUCACAUUCACCAUUCACCGCAACCCCAAACCCAACUGUUUCUUUGCAGUGCCUAGCAUCUCUGCUGGCUUCUUGCUGUUCUUGAUUUUCAUUGUCUAAAGAGUGAAGAAGAGUACGGCAGGUGAAUUGGCAGUUUCCAUGUGAAUGCUAUUGCUCUGAAUUAUUCAUGUUGGAUUACUGAAAGAACGAGAAUACGCCCUUUGCUUCUGCAUCCAUGGAAAAAAGAAAUGAAGACCUCGGAUUCAAUUUAAUGAACACUGAUUCGCCUAACCGUGACAGGAUUCCUGGUGAUUGUCACCGUAAUGAUACAACCACCUCUCUGCCUGUGGGAUCACCAUCUCCUUUUCCCAGCCGGAAUUUGAAUGCAGCAUCUCAAUAUUAUAGCAGGCAACCCGCUGGAGGCAAUUCAAGGAUUGAUUCCUCUCAGUCCAAAAGUUAUCAGAAUCUCCUGAUGGACCAUAAUUACACGCAUAGAGGAGUGGAACACAACUUCCUUCCAUGCAGGCCAGGUUCUAUUUUUCCAUCUCCAGAAGGACACACAGGGUGGCAAUAUCAACAUAAUAGGCUCAAUAAUCAAACGAUCCCCACUGAUGUGAGUAAUGCUGCCUUCAAUCUAAAUAGUUUUGAGAAGCCUGACAGUGUGACCCUAAGUUAUGGUUCAGCCAGAAGACCACAAAUGGUCAACCCUAGUAGAAUAACAAUGAGUGGUAAUAUUGGGCUUCCUCCACUAGAUAUGAAUUUGGGAAUGUCUCAGUAUAAUCCAAACCAAGGUGGUGCAGAGCCAUUGCUCGCUAUGGGUAAAUGCGAUGAAAACUUUAUGAGCAUUGGUUCUGGAAGCAGUAAAAUGGAGUCUGAAUCCAGUGCUGUAGUACCAAAAGUCAAUGUGAGGGGUAAUUCUGAAAGGGCAUUUUUUCCUCCAAGCGAUACUGAUCAUAAUCAACUGGGUAGCAGAAGUUCCUUAAGCCCUGGUUUAGACAUGAAUGGUGCCUUUUCUGCUUUUCAGAAUGACAGUGAAAUAAUAUCUAAUUUAGCACAUGCAGGCAAUCAUGAAGCUCUGUUUGAUUCUAGACCUGUUUUACGUCUGGGACCGUCAUAUGCUUUUCAAAGCCCAGCUGCUGGUGACCAAAACCAUUAUUUAGGGAAGGUCAACAGGGAUCUAGGUCUGGGAAAUGUGAAAAACAUAGGGAUGGAAUUUACAGAUGUAGGUCACAAAAAUGGCCUAGAAAGAUGCAUGGAUCUAAAUUCAUUGCCAAUUGUUGGCAGUCAAUCUUUGCCUUUUGAAAGUGGACAGAGCCGGGUGAACAGACAGCUAGUUUCCUCUUCAAGUGGGAUGGUAACUGAUAAGUUACCUACGGAGCUGUUUCCUAUAAAUACCAAUAAGUUCUCAUCACAGUUUCCUAGUCGUCCUUUAGCUGUGGCCACUAGAAGCACCAGAGGGCAGGAUCCUUCAAGUCAUCAUGGUCAAUCUCAGGCAGUUGGUUCUAUUCAGCAAUCAAACUCUCCACUUCGACCACAUUCUACUUCUGAUCUAGGAAUGCAAACUGGAAAGGGAAAUAUGACUUCUCAACUUUCAGGGCCAGCCAUCAUGUCAUCUCUAAAGAGACCUGCUUCCCAACCACUGUCAUCCACUGUCCAGAAUCAACACAGGAAGACCCUACCAACUCAGUUCAUACAUCCGUCAAUACCAACUUGGACUAGAUUGGAUCCAUCAGUCCUAAAUGCAAACCGAGCAAUUUCUCCCUUGGUCCGCCCAGCCCAAUCACUCACACCCCAAGCUACUCACUCUGUUGUUCCUCCAUCGUUCCCCACAACUCAGGCUAAAUCUGCUGUGCCAGCCCCAAACACAACUCGGGCAAUUCCUCCUUUAAUGCACACUGCUCCGGUUCUCCCACCUAAUGACAAGAGAAUCUCAUCUUUCCACCACCCCUCAUCCCAUACUUCACCUCGUACAAACCAAUUUAACCAUCAAUUAGCUCGGGCUCGCCAACGUUUGAAGGCUCAGAUUAUGCCAUCUGCUUCCGGUUACAUUAAAUUUAAAGAUGAAACACCAGAACCAAUUGGUUAUAAAUGUUUUUUGUGCAAGAGGGAUCUAUCCUACUCACCAGAAGGGCCCAUUUCCCUGCCACCUACUCCGCCUGCUGUUGCUGUCCUAUCAUGUGGCCACACCUUUCACGAUUGUUGCUUGGAGCGAAUAACCCCUGAUGACCAAUCCCAUGAUCCUCCAUGCAUUCCUUGUGCUCUUGGCGAGUAGUGUAUUUAGUCUUAAAUUUCCAAUUCUUCCAUUUUGAUCUCAAAAGUUCUUAGUGGUUAGAAAAAGUAAAAACAGAAUUUUGGAGCAGAAGAGGUAGGCUAUUAUUGAGAAUAUCAUAGUAAGAUUAUUACAUUUAUAUAUGAAUAUAUUGUCUGUUAUGUCCGAGCAUAUAGCUGUUGAGGUAUAAUAUUAGAAAAAUAGCAAGCACUCAUAUUUACUAAC